GGUUCUGAGAUCAGAAAAGCACGGGAUUAUUGAGAUUUUUGGAGAACAGUGGAGAAGAAACUUGAUAGAGAUGAGCACUGCCAAGGUGAAACGCCGAGUGGGCAAAUAUGAGCUUGGCCGGACCAUUGGGGAAGGAACUUUUGCAAAGGUCAGGUUUGCAAGAAACUCUCAGACAGGGGAGGCUGUUGCUAUCAAGAUUCUUGAUAAGGAGAAGGUUCUUAAGAAUAAAAUGGUUGAACAGAUCAAACGGGAAAUUGCAACUAUGAAGUUAAUAAAGCAUCCUAAUGUUGUUCGUCUUUAUGAGGUUAUGGGAAGCAAAACAAAGAUUUUCCUGGUUCUUGAAUUUGUCAAGGGGGGAGAGCUAUUUGACAAAAUUGUUAACCACGGUCGGUUGAGGGAGGAUGAAGCUAGAAAGUAUUUUCAGCAAUUAAUUAAUGCCGUUGAUUACUGCCAUAGCAGAGGUGUGUAUCACCGUGACUUGAAGCCAGAAAAUUUACUACUUGAUGAAUAUGGUAACCUCAAAGUCUCAGACUUUGGAUUAAGCGCACUGUCUCUGCAAGUAAGGGAUGAUGGUUUGCUUCAUACUACCUGCGGGACUCCCAAUUAUGUUGCUCCAGAGGUACUUAAUGACAAAGGUUAUGAUGGCACAACUGCAGACUUGUGGUCAUGCGGGGUUAUUCUAUUUGUUCUGCUUGCUGGUUAUUUACCUUUUGAAGAUGAUAGCGUCAUGACUUUGUAUAAGAAAAUAUCUUUUGCUGAAUUUUCAUGCCCGUCUUGGCUUUCUUCAGAUGCCACUAGAUUGAUAACAAGAAUACUGGAUCCAAAUCCCAUCACACGCAUUAGUGUUCCCGAGAUAUUGGAGGAUGCAUGGUUCAAGAAAGGCUAUAAACCACCAAUUUUUGAUGAGAAUUGUGUCACAAAUUUAGAUGAUAUCGAUGCGGUUUUCAAGGACUCAGAAGAACAUCAUGUAACAGAGAAAAAGGAGGAACAACCUGCUGCUCUGAAUGCUUUUGACCUGAUUUCAAUGUCAAAGGGGCUAAAACUUGGGAACUUAUUUGAUGGAGAACAGGAAUUCAAAAGAGAAACAAGAUUUACAUCAAAAUCUCCAGCCAAUGAAAUCAUUACUAAGAUUGAAGAAGCUGCAAAGCCUCUUGGAUUUGAUGUACAGAAGAAAAAUUAUAAGAUGAGACUGGAAAAUCUGAAAGCAGGAAGGAAAGGAAACCUCAACAUCGCUACUGAAGUGUUUCAAGUGGCACCUUCUCUUCAUAUGGUUGAGGUUCGGAAAGCCAAAGGGGACACUUUGGAGUUCCAUAAGUUCUACAAAAAACUCUCAACGUCUCUCAAAGAUGUUGUGUGGAAGUCUGAGGAAGACUAGAGAUGUGUAAGAUAUCAGUGUAGGUGAAGAAGAUGGAGCACAAAGUUGAGCUCCCAGCUCCCAUUUUUUUCCUAGGAAACCAUAUGUUAUGUUGUUUUCCUUAUGCUUGCCUUCAUUUUGUUCAUAUUUUCUAUUUGGUUCGACUGGUUUAUAUAAUGGCAUCCCAUAGUUCUUCAUUAGGGUGAUUUUUUUUCUUAUUUUUUGGUUCAGUAAGGUCUUUUGCAGUGUAAAUGUGAGGUAAAAACUUGUUCCAGUUUCUUUUUUGUUGUACUUCUCUCUCUAUUGUAGCUGAAAAACUGAGAACAUUUGUAUAUUGUACUCAUCAGAGUUGUUCGAAUGGGAUGUUUGUAUAUAGAAAGAGAGUUCUCUUUAGAAUUCAUGUACUGUACAAGGCCUCUAGAAUGUAUUAAUACUUUCCUGAAGCUGGAAGCAGCUCCUCCCUGGACUUCAUAUUGAGCAAGCUCUCAAGACACUGAGAAUGUACUGACGAGCCAAGAUCGAGUUCGAAUUCAACCUGCUUUUUGGAGCGAUGAGAUGAGCUCGAGUUUGACCCGACUCGUUUUUAACUCUAAUCUAAGUUGUUUUGAUGCAAAUGAUCAUGAACUUGAAAAUGCAGAGAAGAAAGGUGAAAAAAACAGUGAUGAUUGAUUUAUAAGCUUUAUUAUUCAUGGCAUUUGUGAUGGAAGAUUAUGGACAACAAGAUUGUAUAGUUAUUUUAUAUUGUAACAUGACAAUUAUGCCCA